AUGAUUUUAUCCAAGUGGCUGGCCACGCUCCUGGGCGGCGCCUGUGUCGUCCAGAGUGCUGUCGCUCUCGAGUUGAACAUCGAUGACGAGCAAUCUCUAAAAACCGCGGCGAAAACUGUCGCUACCACGAUGAUGGACUAUUAUGACGCUCGCGAUUCCAAGAACAUCCCCGGUAAAUUCGAUGGCACAUGGUGGGAGGGCGGUUCCAUGUUCAUGACCCUCAUCCUGUACUGGUGGGUCACUGGUGAUACCCAGUUCACUCCUGCCGUUCAGGAAGGCAUGUACUGGCAAAAGGGCGACGACAAUUUCUUCCCCUCCAAUUACAGUCAGUAUCUCGGUAACGACGAUCAAGUCUUCUGGGGGUUGGCGGCCAUUACUGCUGCGGAACUUAACUACCCCGAACGAGAGGGCGAGCCCUCUUGGGUGUCACUUGCACAGGGUGUUUUCAAUACUCAGUACCCUCGCUGGGAUACUAGCAGCUGCCACGGUGGUAUGCGUUGGCAGAUUUGGCCUUACCAGGAUGGUUACUUGACAAAGAACGCCAUCUCGAACGGAGGAUUGUUCCAACUUUCGGCUCGUCUUGCGCUUUACACUGGAAACAAGACAUAUGCCGACUGGGCUGAGCGUAUUUGGGAUUGGAGCGCCACGACCCCGCUCCUAAAGCAGAAGAACUGGAACAUCGCUGAUACCACCACCUGCGGCACUCAGUGUACGGAUCAUGGCGAUUUCCAAUGGACCUACAACUAUGCCACCUACAUCAGUGGUGCUGCCUACAUGCAUAACUACACCAAUGGCACUGAAACAAAGUGGAGGGAGGGUGUCGUGGGUCUCGUUAAGACCUCCCAGCAAUUCUACCCAACUAAAGGAUUCAAUGGAGCCGCCGGACAAAUUCUUUCGGACAUCACCUGCGAGCCCUUGGGCAACUGCGAUCGCAACCAGAUCACCUUCAAGGCUUAUUUCACCAACUGGCUUGGAAUGCUGACUACAAUCGUCCCCGAUACCUACGACCUAAUCUACCCUCAGUUAAGGACAUCGGCCCAAGCCGCUGCGAAGCAAUGCUCGGGUGGUGACGAUGGUCAGCAUUGUGGUAUUCGCUGGUACAAACAAGCCGACUGGGAUGGAACCAAGGGUCUGGAGCAACAGAUGGCUGUACUGGGUGUCCUCUCUGCCAAUCUGAUUCCCUUCAAGAACAAGGCACCCUUGACUUCGUCAUCAGGUGGUACCUCCAAGAGUAACCCGAACGCUGGCACCAAUUCUUCAGACAAUGAUGUGCCUAUCCUGAAUACCAUUGGUACUGGUGACCGGGCAGGUGCCGGCAUCUUGACUGUCGUCUUUGUCGCCGGCUGGGCUGUUGCUGUGACCUGGAUGAUCCGUGGUGGCUAA